CUUCGCCACGCACAGUCGCGGCUCGAACGCCGUACCAUGCGAACGUGUUGUUCUCGUCGGUUCGCGUGUCGUUGAUACAUACGUCCAUAUACACACACACACAUACGUAUACGUACAUUGUCACACACACAUAUACACGUAUAUCUAUACGUUUUUUUUCCUGCUCCUGCUCCUGUUCCUCCUCCUCCUCCUCCUUCUCUUCUUCCCCCCUCCUCCCCAUUUCGUGCGCCCGUCGAAAUGUCCACGAUCCGUCCCGAUCUCGACGGAACGGUAGGAACGAUCGAGAUAACGCGAGAAAUAGUUCGAGGCGAUACGUUUUUGUUUUGUUUCUGAAUCAAGGGGGAGGGGAAAAGGGAAAAAGAAGAAAGGAGAAGAAACGCGGAUAUAUUCGUCUCGACGAACGGUUCCUUUUUUCGAAAAAAACUGAAGUGAACUUUUCUUCUUUCCACGAUGAAACUUUUCCCUUUAUUUCUCCUAUUUCCUCCUUCUUCUCCUCCUCCUCCUCCUACUUUUCUUCCUUUCAUUUAAAACACGAUCACUUCGAUCACUCGCUCGAUUGUUAUACAAAUCUUUCGGAGGAAAGACUUUCUUCUCUCGCGAGGAGUGGUUAACGAAUUCGUUUACACGAGUGGUAUUCAUUAAUGUACACGUCGAACGCGAAGUGUCGAUUGGUUUUUGUUCAAAAGUGAAUUCUCGAAAGAAAGAGAUAUAUAUAUACAUAUAUAUACAUAUAUAUAUAUAUACACGCGAGAUUGGUGGCGAGGACAAACAUUGGGAGGACGAGAAGUGUUUCCUAGAUCGAGCACACGACAGCACGAGGAACGAAAAACGAGGGACACGUGUGUGCGUAACGAUUCUCUUCUCUCGAUCUCUAGUCAACUCUACACACAACAAGUGCGCGGAUUGUGCGGGACUCUGUCUCUAUUGUUCAUUCGUUCGCUCCACGAUAUUAUUAAUAAUAAUAAUAAUAAUAAUAAUAACAAUAAUAAUAGUAACAUUAAUAAUAAUAAUUAUAAUAAUAACAAUAGUAAUAAUAGUAUAUAACAAUAAUAAUAAUAAUAACAAUAAUAAAAGCGUUAUUAACCAACGGGCUCGAUAUAACCGCGAAAAUAAAAUAAGAAGAAACCACGACUAAACGCCAAAACGGAUAAAAGUAAUCGUAAAUAAAUAAGUAAGGAAAGAAAGUGUGCACGCUUUGUAAUUUGUAAUCGGAUUGUGUAUCCGGCCCCGAAACAAGAUCGACUGUUUUCAACCGCAAUUACAUCGCAAUACGGGAUAAACGAUAAACGGAUAUGCGAUUGUGCGAAUUCGACAACUUUUUGUGCCGAGGGGAAAGGGGAAGGGAAAGAAUUUCGCCCGGAUCCUCGUCUCCUCGCAAGGAGUUCGCCAUCCAUCCCGUGUUACGGUGAAAUCGAAGUGACGAUCGGUAAUAAUAAUAAUAACAAUAACAAUAACGAGAAGAAAAGAAAUGGCGGCGACUUCCCAACCGAGGGAUAAUUAUUGAGGGACUCUUCGCGAGGGAAUGGAUUUUCAGAGCGCUAUGGACACGUUCGUAGAGGCAUGGAUGGCUGCAAACACGAAAACGGAUCAAGUACAGAGCCAAGCUUUGGCAUUGACACACAAGGCCUCGCCACCUUCGAGGCCGAGCAGUGUGUCCUCGUUACCGAGGAGCCCUCAGUCUCACCAGUCCCAACAGUCUCAGCCGCAGAAUGCUACGCAACUUCCGCCUGUGCAUCCUCAUCAAUCGCAGACACCCCUAAGCACACCCCAGACACCGUUUUCCGCGCACAAUCAACACCCCAAGCAGGAGGCGAACACGAGCCCGAAACAGGAGGGGUUCGAUCUCAGCAAAUCUACCUCGAGCACGGGGAAAAAUCUUCCGGUCCACUGCGUGGUCGAGACCAUACACAACAUCGUCGAGACACACGUGAGCAAUUCUCGUGAGAAUUGGCGUAGGCCUCAGGUGGAGACGGACUCGUACGUCAUCAUUCCUGUAGCUAUGCCUUUUCAGGAUCUGGUGGGGGAGGCUCUGGUGCGGCUUGGAUACUCGAGCGACCUGAUACCAAGCGCGAGGGGCAGUAUCGUGAUAAGGAAUUGGAAACCUCUGCCGAUGGAGAAGGUCGCGGACGGCCCGCUGUUGACGGUGGGCGACAUAUUGGCCGAGUUGACGUCGGUCGCAACGCUCAAGAUCCAAGUGUACAGGUCGAGGCCACCGCCCCCGAGCCCCGCCGCGGAGGUCAGGAACAAAUUGUUGAGACUGUUGCUGCUACACAGCCAUGCGCUCCUCGUCUCUGCCGGUUGUCCCCUCGACGAGAUGACACUAUUAUCUCUAUGUAGAGGCGGAAACGAUCUAUCGGAAGAAACUAAACGAAACUUCGAGUCAUGGUUGCAACAGCAACAAUUGGGUCUAGGUUUGAACCCAAUGGUGCCAACCUCGAAUCAUCACCACACGCAGAGCCCUCAGCCGGAUGGUGGCGGUACCAUAGGAUCUGCGGGUGGCACGAUCGGUCCUCCUCAUCCUGCACUUCUUCAGUACUCGCAUAAAACAAGGAUGAGAACGAGUUUCGAUCCUGAACUGGAGCUACCGCGUCUUCAGCGAUGGUUCGGUGAGAAUCAACACCCGUCGCGUCAACAAAUUCAACACUACGUCUCGGAAUUGAAUGCCUUAGAAUCUCGGCGAGGCAGGAAGCCGUUGGACGUAAAUAACGUAGUCUACUGGUUCAAGAAUGCAAGAGCCGCCCAGAAAAGGGCUGAGAACAGAGGUGUUAAUGGUUACAGUCCUCCUGGGCUCAGUCCGAGAGGCGCCAGUAUUGUCAGUGAAGAUUGCACCGACGAGGAAGAGGAUUCGAGGAAUCAAUCGACGUCACCAUCUCCCUGUCCACCUGGAAGCCCACCGGUCGGCCCAUUGUCGCUCACGACCAGACCAGAGGAUCAACAACCUCCACCUUCGACACCAUCCUCGGUAAAACAAGAGGAUGCAAGGGUAUCUUCUGGUUCUGAGGACGACGAGACGAGGCCGACCGGUCCUCUACCGCCUGGAUUUUCUCUCGUGCCCAGUUCUAUGUUCGGCCAUGGGAUAAUGUACAUGUCACCUUAUCUGCCGCCUCGUGGACCAGCUGGUUGUUCGACCAGUAUGUUGGACGAAAGGAGGAAAAGGAACCGGACGUUCAUCGAUCCGGUGACGGAAGUGCCCAGACUCGAAGCUUGGUUCACUCACAAUACUCAUCCCAGUCACGCGUUGAUUUUGAAAUACACGGAGGAGUUGAACAGGAUGCCAUACCGGCAGAAGUUUCCCAGACUGGAGCCGAAAAACGUGCAAUUCUGGUUCAAGAAUCGGCGGGCUAAGUGCAAACGUUUGAAGAUGGCGUUGUUCGAAGGCGAGUCGCCCCAACCUCACCCGUAUCACGCUGACUAGCUCUCGUCUCUUCGUACAAUAUAAAAUAUAGAAGCAAGCAUCGAGAGAUGGUCGAGAGAUGGCAUCGUCGUUUGUAAUACCAGGUGGAUAUAAUGGAAUGAGGAAAUAAGAAGGAAAAGAAGAGAAUAAAUAAAUAAAUAAAUAAACAAAAACCAUCGUUAAUCAAAACCUGUUAUUUCUUUAAAUAUCUCGUUGACUCGCGACCAUAUUCGCCACGGUCGCAAUUUUGUUGUAAUUAAUUCGCGUAAUAAUUAAUAUAAUAUGGACCUUAAUAAGUGUACAUAUGAGAAUAUUGUCGAAUAAAAAGUAUACGUAACGAUUCGCA